GGGACACCGGAGCCGGCAUUGAGAUAUGUAGAGGCCCAUGGACAAUCAAGGCAAUCCAGUAGGGAAAGACUGGGUUACUCUACUGUACUCAUGCAGUUUGCACCACAGCUCCGAGCUCCGUUAUGUAACUACCGAGACCAGCUAGUGCCGCUGGGCUGCAGGGCCGAGCCCUCAGCAGCAGAGCCGCACGUUAAGUUCCGAACCGAGAUUUCAAGUAAGCACAAGCUUCGCGAUUCUUCUUUUUCUUCUUGCAAGCCCGCGACAUCCCACACACGACACGAUCGCGAAAAUGUCCGACUCCGCCUCUUCGCCUGCCGCGUCGCCCUCUGCCGCUUCGCCCUCCGCCACCACCACCACACCGGCCUCAAUCGAGGUCAAGGGCGCCCGCAAGAAUGGAAAACAGUGGAAGGAAGUCAAGAAGCAGUUCCGGCCCGGCAUGAAGUCCGCGCGCAAAUCGUACGACGAGCGACAAGCCGAGCGGGUUGCGGUCAGCGCCAUGAAGGCGAGGGAGAAGGAGAUGAAGGAUGAGAAGGCGCAGAAGAAGAAGGACCUGAUCCAAACACUCAAAGAGCGCCGCGAAAAGGCCGAGGAGAAGGUGCGCUUCGAGAAGCUGGCGGCACGCAUGCACCAGAAGAAGAUCGACCGCAUGAAGAGACGCGAGAAGAGGAAUAAGGCGCUCAAGGAACGGUAGUCGGAAUCAUUAAAAGCGAUUUGUGUUUAUGGGGCUUUUUUUUGUGUCUUGUCAAUGAAUUUCAUCAGCGUGGAAUACCUACUAUACCCCCAUCCAUGGGCGCGAGCGUGUGUGGUGUGUCGAGUGAUUGGU